ACCAUUAUCAAAAAAUCAUGAAACAACAACAUCAACAAAUGAUGAAAAUAGCAAUUAUGAAAAUUGCGAAUUAUGGUGGAAUAAAUUAGCAAACUUAACUGAAAGUAACUAUGUACAAGCUUACACACCAAAUUGGAACCGAUCGUGUAUUGAAUGUGAAACAAAACAUCUUCCAUCGGAACAAAAGAACUUUUGUUGCAAUGCAAUUUUAAAAUAUUUUAUACCACUAUUACGACCUUUACUACCUAUUUUACAAAAUAUCUACAAAUCAAAUCUUACUAAUAAUUUUAGUUAUGUUAGUCGACAAUACAAUUCACUUUUUUCAUUUACAACAAUUGGCUAUACGGGUGGUGUAGUAAAUUUAACAUAUCCUCAUGCAUUUAUAGUAAAUGGUCAUGCAUAUCACCAAAUACACUCUGCAAACAUGGAAGACUAUCCAGUUAACUGGUUUGUUUAUGAUGCUAACGCAAGAAACACUAUUGCGAAUCGAUACAAACUAAAUCAAAACAUAAUCGAUCUUAUUGAACAAGAACUAGCAAGGAUCAAUCCAUUCGUUCAAGGACUAUAUCAACUACGUAAUAUAACUUAUCCAAAAGCUCGACUAAUAAUUCACCAACCAACAGCUAAUGAUGAAAUUGCUGCAUACACGAUCAUUCAUUCAACAGCUAUUACCCAAGAAUGA